GAUAAAAUAAUGAAAAUUUUGUAAAUUACACGAGUAAUCAUGUCGCAUUGUGAGAAACACAUCCAGAACCCGAUCAGUAUCCCUGCGACACGCAGGAUAGGUACGCCCCAUCAUGUCCAGCAACCUCCGUGGCGCACGACAGACAAACGGAAACCUUCACCACGAAGUAUUAGUACAGGUAGGCUUCCGGUUGCGGUACAAGUUAAGAAAAAGUUUAGCUCCCACAGCGUGCCGGCGCCAAGAAGAAAGUUUUAUAACGAUGAUCCCACGUGCUCCACUGUACAAGCUGUUGCUUCGGCUUCAGCAGAAGACAUCAUGGCCCCGAAAGAAACUGUACCCUCUGGCAUUUUGAAAACUAAGACCUUGAAAAAAAAUAAUAAGCUGGGUUCAAAAACAGCAUCGGCACUACCUCAACCUGUCAUAUCAGAAGGGGGACUUGAAGAUAAACGGCAAGAGUUUAUGAAAUUUAGAACGGAAUUUAUUCAAAAACAGAAUGAAUACAUUGAUCGAUACGCCGAACUGCGCGAGAUGGCGACACGGUCGGGCAUGACGGACGCGCAGCCCGUCGGCGAGGUGCGCGUCGUGUCUGUCACAGACUGGCCGGCGCACGACCUGAUGUUCGUGACUGAGACCGCGACCACGAACACGAAGCAGCACCACGACAUUAAGGGAGUUCUAGGGCCGAAGAUACUCCAGCAGCUGUCUACACAGGUCAGCGACAUACGCGAUGACGUCCUCGCCAUGGGGUCCGAGCUGAUGAGGAGCCGUAUGGACUUAUUGAAAUUUAUACGUGCUGUACCGCGUAACGAGAACAGGGCGCUUGUAUAUGAAGGCGAAUGUGUGGAGUGGCAAACUAAGAACGCCGAAUUGGACGAAGAAACAACAAAGUUACGAGAGCUAGUUUUAACUACGGUUAAAACUUUAGAAGCAAAACUAACUCAUAGCUUAGACGUUGCUAAAAUGCCAUGGUCAGAUCGCGACAACAUGUUAAAAAAAAUAGAACGCUUGCAAAGAGAGAUUUCCACACUUAAGCGGAAUAAGCUAACGCAAGACUCAGGUGAAAAGAAGAAAAUCCUAGAGGAUUUACACCGAGAGCGAGCUUCGAACGCUAGACUGAAAGAGAUAUUGUUAGUUACGGAAGAGAGGGCGUCGGCGUCGCGCGCGCGCUGCAACGAGCUCGAGCGGCAGCUCAGCAACACCACGAGCCGCCCCAAGUGGGCGACUCCCCCUAAACUAACGCAUAGUAAUUGUCAUGGGACAAGCCACGAUCUUCAUUUAAACAAAUCGGAGCUAAAAAAUGAAGUAACUGUUGAAGUGUUAUCUCGGCAACGCGAUACGUUGCAGUUCAAAGUCAAAGAACUUCAAGAACGCAACACAGUAUUAACGCAAGAAGCUGAGCAGCGUGAAACUCAGCUGUCGACUCUACUGUUGAAGUUAGCGGAUCAGGAAAAAAGAAAGGAUGGAUUUGAAACGCAGGCCCACGAGACAGCGAAACGUUUGAAAGAUCUACAGGACCAAUAUAAUGUAUUGCAAGAACGUUCCCGGGCUUUAAUUGAAGCACAACAUAAGAAGUGUCUGGAAUACUUACCUCGAAAAGUUCCAUGUUCAUGUGGCGAAUUAGACAUCCUAUAUGACCUGCAAGCAACAAAGGACGAACUAGGCCGCAUGAGUAUCAACCUGGAGCUUAGUCGCGUGGGAAAGAAAGUCAUGCACCAUCGACUUGAAAAAGGGGUGGCUGACAAGUUGCAAAGUGAAGAACAAACAAUCGCAAACUUGCAUCAAAAAAUAGAAGAACUUACGAGAAAUAAGAAAAGAAUGGAAGAAAACUUGACAUAUUAUGAGAAUCAGAUCUCCACUCUUCGGGCAGAAGUAUGUCUGCUACGUAGUUUUAACGAUUACAAAUCCUGCUCUGUCGAUAUUCCUCAUGCAGUGAUGGAAAGUCAAGUUUUCGAUCUGUGCCUGCAAGUGGAGCGUCUGACGCGCGAGCGCGAGGCGCUGGCGUCAGAAGCGAUGACGCGCGCUCUGCUGCUGGAGCGUCACGAGCGCUGCGCGGAGCUGUUCGCGCGAGUGACGCGCGCCAAGCACGACCUCGCCGCGCAACUCGCUGACGCCGCCAACAAUUUUAAAUCUACCCCCUCGGUGCCCUGCGGAGAGGGUAAUAGCGAUAGCGAGAUGUCAGAUCUGAUGUCGAAGACAUAUCUGACCAGCGCCAGCACGUGGUCCGCGCUGCGCACCGAGCGCGAGCGCGUGCUGCGGCUCGAGGGCGUCGUGCACGCGCAGGCGCAGCAGCUGGAGCGCGAGAGCCUCGUGCGCAUCAAGCAGGACCGCAAGCGCGCGCAGCUCGAGCGCGAGCUCCUUCGGACCUGGGCCAGCGCGAACCCCGGCUCUCGCCCAAGAAACCCCUUCAGGGAAGCCGAGACCCUGACCACAGACUCCUUACACCUGUGCAAGAAGGACACUGCACCUGCGCUGGAUCUAACACUGCUGCAACAGCGAUAUCGUAACCCCACCAAAGACACCGGGACCGUAACCUCAGAUUCCUUACAAGCGUGCAAUAUUGAUAUGACUGAUCUGGAUGCAGCAGACCUUGAAAGAAGCUUGAAUUUGUGUAAUAAGGAUACCUUGUCUACUCUGGAUUCAGAUUCUGCCUCAGAUUCCAUGACACGUAUUUAAGACACAUUAGACAGAAACCAAGCCCAGUUUUGAUGCAGCAUAGUGACAUAAUGCGACCUUUUCGAUAACAUUAUUUUAUUUUCGUUCGUGUAGUUAUAAAAUUGAAAACUGUGUAGUCAGUCGUUUUCGCUUUUUGUCCGUUUCAUAAAAUGUAAAUACGUAGAGUCCGUGUUGUUUAAAACUGUAAAUUAUGGUCCCACAAGUAGAGU